AUGAAAACACAUUUUGAAAAUAGCCAUGAGCAUGGUAGUUAUUUCUUUGCUGUAAUGAUGAAAGGUUAUAAUUAUACAUUUUAUGAUAACGAUGCAGAUAUUCUGAAACAUUAUUACCCUUUGAUCGAAUUUAUUAAUUACUUUAAGGAUAUUAGGGAUCAACAUCUAGAUAGUGAAGCUUAUUAUUACUUUAAGAAAUUAUUUCAUAAGCAGAAUAAUAAUCCUAAUUGUCAUUAUCAACCUAUCUAUGAUCAAUACCAAAUUCAAAAUAAUCAUCAAUCUAUUCAACAGAAUAAUGUUUUUCAAUCUCAACCUAAUCAACUUCAGCAUCAACAAAAUAAUCUUCAACAUCACUACAUUCAACCCAAUUUUUUUUCUCAACAGAAUAAUUAUGAACUUCAACCUGGAAGUUCCCAAACCACCAAUAUUUCAAGUGAACAGAUAAUGGAAAUGUUUUUUCAAUUUCUGCAAAAUAAUGUUAGCAUUAAUAAUGAAAGCAGUAUUAGUCAAAAUGAGUUGCCAGAUUAUCUUUCUAACUAUGAAACAGCAACUGCUAAUACAACAGACAUAAACAAAUUCAGGUUUCACCUCUUAUCAAUCAAGUAA